AUGAACAAGGACUGGCACAGCGACCACUUCUGCUGUUGGCAAUGCGAUCAGACACUCACCGGACAGAGAUAUAUCAUGCGCGAUGAGCAGCCCUAUUGCAUCAAAUGCUAUGAGGAUGUGUUCGCAAACUCGUGCGAUGAGUGCGCGAAGCCGAUUGGAAUCGAUUCAAAGGAUCUGUCGUAUAAGGAGAAGCAUUGGCACGAGCACUGUUUCCUGUGCAACAUGUGCAAAGUGUCGUUGGUGGAUAUGCCGUUUGGAUCGAAGAAUGAUAGGAUCUUCUGCUCGAACUGCUACGACCAGGCGUUCGCCACCAGAUGCGACGGCUGCGGCGAGAUCUUCCGCGCGGGAAUGAAGAAGAUGGAGUACAAGGGCAAACAAUGGCACGACAAAUGCUUCUGCUGUGCCCACUGCCAUGCCCCGAUCGGGACGAAGAGCUUCAUCCCGAAGAACGAGGACGUCUACUGCGCGCCCUGCUACGAGGACAAGUUCGCCACGCGCUGCACAAAGUGCAAAAAGGUGAUCACCACCGGCGGCGUCACCUACAAGAACGAGCCGUGGCACCGGGAAUGCUUCUGCUGCUCCAAUUGCCAGGCAUCGUUGGCCGGGCAGAGGUUCACGAGCAAGGACGAGAAGCCCUACUGCGCCAACUGCUACGGGGAUCUGUUCGCGAAGCGGUGCAACGCGUGCACCAAGCCAAUCACUGGCAUCGGCGGCGCCAAGUUCAUCUCGUUCGAGGACCGGCACUGGCACAACGACUGCUUCAUCUGCGCCCAGUGCACGACGAGUUUGGUCGGAAAGGGCUUCAUCACAGACGGCACCGACAUCCUGUGCCCCGAGUGCGCGAAGGCACGGCUGAUGGCGGCGAAUACC